CUAACUUGCACCCAGGGUGUAUUCGUAUACGUGAUUAUGAAAGUCCGAGAUUUCAUAAGGAGCACUUGAAGGCAGCAUAUGUGAGCUCGUGAGGUGUUCCAGGUUAACUGUUUCCCCGUCUACACGUGUUCACCUCUACCUUAGCCUAAACCCAACCUUAUCCGCACCCCUAACCACUCGUGUGCUACGAUGCUUAACCUGACCCCAACCUUAGCCUAACCCUAACAACACAUCUCUGCCUAUUCCCCAGUUUUGGAAUCGGGUUGGCGACAUGUUUACGAGCAUGCUUGCGUCACGUUUCCAUGGUUGCAAUGUGUCGAGUACUAACAGUGGAAAAACGAUAAUCAUAUCUUCAUGAAGCAGACUCUCCACCUACACCAUAAACAUGGAUAAAGCAAUCACACAUGAACAGAUGUGUCCAGUCUGGAAGACUGAGCCAAAGAGGAAUCCUUUUCCUAGACAAGCCAUUCUGGCCAACCAGUGGGAGUCUGGGGAGUCUGACACAAAGAGCUUGGACCAGGAGAGAGCCUACCAAAAGCAGCUACAAAUGCGUAUUGGCCACCAUGAUCAAAACAAAUACAUACUGCCUCAAAAGGAGAAUGCUGAUAGCUUACAGCAGGGAGAUGGAGAGGAUGAAGCUUCAAAUGAUGAUGAAACUGAAGAUGUUCAAGUUUAUGAUAGCCUAGAAGUAGCAUCAAACCCCCAUGCCAAGAGGAACCACAUCCUCUUACAGACUGAAUGUUUGGACACGCAAAUAGCUGAAAGAGAGGGAAGCCGGCUGCUCUCUGAUGAUGCCUACUCUGACCUGCACUAUGACCCCAACUGGAGGACCAACCUGAAUGGAAAUGGCCACUUCAAUGAGAGUCCACAGAUUUCUGUUGAGGGAUAUUACCAAGUCCCUGAAGAGAAAUCUAGUCAGUCAUAUGGUGACAGACAGGGACCGAAAAUAAAAGAAGGAUACAGAUAUAUUGUCGACAGAAGUCCAGCUGUUAUGAUGACUCCUCAUAAGGCUGGCAAUGAAUCUGACCAGCCGUAUCGCCUACAUCCACAAGAUGCUCAGACUAGCACAGUAACAUCUGCCUACUGUCACAACCAUGCUUUACAAUGUAAAUCACCAGACGCUAACCUUUCAAGAUCAUCCAGGAUUUCCACUAAAAUUGAAAGUGACAACACUUUAAUGACAGGAUCCAGAGAGAAUUGUGAUAAUAGCUGUGACAGUGCUGGUGAAAAUAUUAGCAGAUCUCCUAAGCUGACAGAGGACAUACAUGCUACAGAAUUUCAGACCUACUAUCAGCAAGAACCAAGAUGCACACAAGGAGUACCAAUCCAGAAAAUGAGCACAUCCACAUUGACGAGUCCAAAGGUUUUAUCGAACAGAAAGCUGGAAAGGCUGAUGGAGGACAUAGUGGAACGCAACAAAAUAACCCUGGGCCGCAGCACAUCCAAAUGUGGCUCCUAUGUGAGGGUGCAUGCACUUAAACAGGAGAUGCCCCAUAUUGUUAAUGAGGUGCUUGAAACUCUUAAGGAGACAGCUACCGAAGAGAAUCAUGAGGACAGCUUAGACCCCGAGCUGAGGUGGCUCCAAAAAACACAAGAGUUGCGGGCCACACAGAUCAGCAGGGGGAAGAAAGCCCAACGGAAAGAAUACUCCAAACCCUCUCGACAGCAGCAGCCCACUGCCCUGGCGGUCAAGCAGGGAGACUGUUUGGGCUCCCCAUUAGCAAGACCAGCUGCUGUAACUCAGCCAAAACCUCAGAAGAUUACUUUAUCAAAGCCUAUGCCCCCCACCAUCCACCUCAACAUCAGCCUCAACACAUCAUCCCAUCUUCUUUCAUUACUCCAGCAGAAGGGCCAGGAUGCCAUCAUCAACUUAGCAUCUCUUCAUGGUUGUCCUCACUGGAGCCCUGAAUCUGAAGUUCAGCUUGCCCUGUCCCCAGGGUAUCAACAAACAAAUCCAGGAAAGUCCUCUCACAUGUCUCAGGAAGGGCUUAAUGCACAACAUCACCACCAAAACCUGAGGAGUAGCCCUGAACAAUGGCAAAGAACAACUUCAUUAAAGUGGCCAUUGUCCUGUGAAGGAGAAGACCAGACUUGGAGUUCAACUGAGGUUCAUACUAAACAGUUUCCACAAAAUCUCCCCAGGACACCCACUACUGCUGCAUCACAGGGCCUGGGCUUGUACACAAUUCUUCCACCCAUAGGAAAGCCAGUGGCAGGAAAAGAGCCUAAACUGAGCUCCGGUCAGAGGAUGAACACAGCUCACUCCUACCCCAUCCAUAGAAGCAGCUCUGACAGCUAUCUGGUUCAGAUGGAGAAACAGAAACAGCUGAGGGUGAGAGUUACUUCCAAGGCAUACAAGCAGCUGAAGACAGAUAUGAAUCUGCGAGGCCUGCAUCCUGACUACACAUCUAUUGAAAAGACAGCUGAGAAAAUGAAACGACAGAAGCUGUAUUCAAAUGUGAUCCGCGAGCAGAACAAAAAGAUAAGUAGGAUUCCCUUUCUACCAGCCAAGGACCCGGAAGGCAGUGACAAGAAAGUUCCCAGGAUGAAGGCCUUGGAAUAUGCCAAGACCAUAGCCAAACCCCCUGUACAGUCUAAACCAAAACAGAGACAUAAUCACCAGUCUGAAGGCUUCACUGAGCACGCUCCUUAUUUGCAGGGCAUGGAUGUGUCCCAGUUGAUCAGAGUGGAACUCCUUAGAAAACGGCAUGAAGAAGAAAAGCAGGCUGUGGCACUCUUCAGAAAAGUACAUGUUGUCUAAGUCAAGGUGCAAUUCACGUUAACAGUCGAUGGAACCCAUGCUGUGACAGAUAUUUAUACUCCAAGAUGUAGGAUAUAACAUGCUGCAUAUUUAAAUAUGCUAGGCCUGGUGUCACAUCAACAGAUCAUUACUGCGUACAUUUUCACGCAUUUUUAAAGAUAAUUACACUACAUAAUAGGAAUGAUAAAUAAAGAUAAUCUCUGAGAAGACUGGCUGCCUCAGUCAGUAUCUUGUGUUGCUUUUAACAUUGUGUGUUACCAGGUCAGAUUUUAUAAGAAAUUCACUAGGUUGCUUUAGUGCAUAAAUACCGGGAGCUGUUCUCUCAUCACAGACCCAAACCAUUCAAAGUUUCUGGUUAUGAUAGAAGGUGAAAAGAGCGAAAGCCUGAUGAUAAAAUAACCCACAACAUUAUACAUUAAUACCAACAAAAAGACCUUUUCCAAAUAAACAUAAAUAAAUAAAAACAAAUAAACAUAUUUUACAACAGGAAAUUAAAAUGGUUUAAAGAAUAUUUGGUUUUAGCUUUGAAGAACAUGAAGAGUAACUCAUCUUGACCAUGGCCUCAUUUGUUUAAGGUAAUUAUGCAUCCCUUGCUUAUCUAAAUCUCUGGUUUUCUGAAAUGGAUCGCGCCAAUAUCAAUAUAUAUAAAUAAUAAUUUCAAUCGUUUUUUUUAACCAUUGAUAUCAGAGAAAUGUCACCGGUAGGUUUGCAAUGGUCAUUUUGAAGCUUGGAUGUGGGAUUUGUACUUGCUUAGAUAUUGGCUGGUCACUGGUGCCACAAAAUCCAGAUUUUGGUCAAAGUGAAGCAUGAGUGGAACUGAGUCUCAAAACUGCCGGCAAGACACGAGUAGAAAAAGUGAAAUUAAUUACGGAGACCCUAACUUCUCAAAGUGUACUUGAAAAAGAAGGAAGGAGCAAGCUUCAGUCAAUUUAUAAAAGAACUGCAGGUUAAGCCACGUUGGCAUUGGCUUUAUUGCUCAGCUGUAGCUACUGGUCUGAAUUAGUCUGAAUUACACUUCUCCUUUGCGGUGUUGCAAUGUUUGUAUCAUUACUUGUCUUUUCCUUGAUUAUUGUUUAGAGUUCAAUUAAGCCUACUGAUUGUUGUAGCAGUGUGGCAACACUAUUGAUAGUGCAUAAUCAGGCGGUGUUGUAUUUUUACUCCUUGAGUAAUCUUGUGUAAUUAAAUUUUCUCU